AUGAAGAGGCAGAAGAGAGCCCCCCCGCAGAUCAGUUCACCUCUGAGCACACCUGAUGAUCUUCUCACCGUGCCUUUCACGGCCGGCAGCGGGAAUGUGACCAACAGCCCAGUGGGACCAGCUCAAGCCAAAGUUGAGACAGACGCCGAUGAGGAUAUCGACAUGAACUUGACGCCAUCGACUUCAGCUCCAGCUGCGAAAGCACAGGAACGUGCCAAGUUCAAUGAACCAACCAAUCUUCCCAGGGAAGAUCAAUCCUUGAAUGAUGAUCAGAUCAUUCAGGUGAUGUACUAUGCUCCUGCUGUGCGGAAGAAUUACACUAUCAACUUCGACAGGUUCGGGUACCUUAAAACUCCAUGGAGAAAGAUGCUCUAUGAGAUGGAUGAAAAUGGUGAGACGCGGCAUCCAAUGCCUAUCAUCAGGUCGAAUGUUCCGGGUGCCGAUUGUAAAGUUGCUGGCGUCAGGCGCCGAGCACAAGCUGCAAAGAACUUGGAGGCGAAAAAAGAGACAGAUGCGCUGGCUAAGUCAGUGGCUAGGGCAAACGACCAGACAAAGACGUUAGAACUACAAAGGCAGGCGGUACUCAAUGCGGUAGCCAGGACGGCGAAGCGAUUUCAAGAAAAGUCUCCAGACACCCAAAAUGAUCCCAAGGCAAAGAAGCCAAAGCGAUUCAGCCAACCUGCCCGGCCCGUGGGACCCCGUGAGGUGUACAAUGAUGAAACCAUUGCUUCGGCUGGACAGUCGACAUUCCCAUCUCUUAGUGUACCUCACACCUCCGCCCCUCCUCGACAAAGCGCUGAGACUAUUGCUCCGGCUUCGCUGUCAACGCUCCCUGCUCCUGAUCCCUCUCGACCAAGAACCCCUCUUUCUGCCCCUCGAUCCAGUCCUGUUGCACUUGCAGCUAUUGAUGACUGUCUUCUUGAAGGUGUCAUUGAUCUGUUUGAAGACUUCAUUCCCACUCCGCGUCUUCAAAGCAGUCGGAAUUCUCCCCUCAAUGAAUCGUCUACCACUCCGGGUGCUCAGAACACUGCGCUACCCAAUGAAGAGAUUUAUGAGAUCGUACGUCCACAGCCACACGCUGGAAAGGAUGGUGCCAACGAUCUCCUGCACGCAUCUGAGUUAUUUGGGAUGGAUCUUCUUCUGACAUCGGGCCGCUCUAAGCUGACCAACUGGAUUGAUGUGCAAACUCGCCGACUCAGCUAUCACCUUGCCGGCGCAGACAGUGAAAAGGUAAAUCCUGAGUACCAGAGCCGUGUGACAAACAUGAUCAUUCAAAUGUACCAGCUUCGAAAGGCUUGUGUGAAAUUGAAUGGUGUCAGUUCGGUGGAGUCGACCCUCCGUGCGGAUUAG